CUCGCGGAACACGUGGAAUCUUUUAAGCUCAGUGAUGCGUCCUCGUCGCCGCCGCCAUAUCAUAUUAUUAUCGUAGCGUUAUUAUAGGAAGUCGGCGGCGGCGGCAUACAGUACCGGUGCGCGUGCAAGGAAACGGAUCCGGUGUGCGGGUCGGACAAUAGGACGUACUCAAACAUGUGUCAGCUCAACGAGGCGGUCGCGGGACACAACGGGACGCAAUUCUGGAUGCAAUACCGGGGACCGUGUCAGUCGGCCCCUUUCAUUAGGUCAGCACCCAAAAACUUGGCUGGUUCCAUCGGGCAUACCGUGGUGUUUGAUUGUGAAGUCAACGGAUAUCCUGUGCCUAGCAUUAGCUGGCGAUUUACGGAUAUAAAUGGAAUCACAAAAUGGUUGCCAGGAGACGAUACACUAAUAGCGAUACAGACUAGAGGAGGGCCAGACCGUUUUACGGUCACUUCGUGGGUACAAAUCAUGGAAUUCAAACCCAAUGUGCACACGGGAAAUUACACAUGUCUGGGCACUAAUUCGGUGGAUGUGGCUACGGCUUCGGCGGUGUUGGAUGUCCGAAAAAUGGUUUAGAUGCGAACAACAUGCCAUUAUUAUCUACCACAACAAUUCAUUUUGUUUGAAUUUUUAUAUACGAGUAUAGGUGUAUAGGUGUAUUUUUUUUUAUAUUUUCCA